UAUUAUGUGUACUUUAGUUUAACUGUAAAUAAUACCAACAAUAAACCGACAUGAAAUUCUUCUUUCGUCGGAUGUUUCAAUUUCGUUUUAUAUUAUAGAUUUAAUAUCUUCCAUAUGUAUAUUUAUUUACAAUUCAACAACAGUAUAUUAGGCGUGCUUAACUUUAUAUUAUUAUUUAGGUCUAGGCUGUAGAUCGACAUGGAAAAAACCAAAUUUGGACUGAAGUGGGUUUAUUGUUCAUACGUGCUGUGUAUUGUUCAUCAAAGUUCCAUUUCAUCAGCUGCAAAUCUUGAUAGAUUCCCUGAGCUUCCUCACAAAGAUGAAUCAACCGACAUGGAUCUUUAUUUAGCUCGUAAUGAACAUCAAGAAUUGGAUAACUCAAAAAGUGAUGAUGCAUAUUCCAGUUCCGCUGAAGAUAAUAUUCAUUAUGCUUCGAAUAAUAUACUAGGAGAAUCAAAUCUUAGUUUUAUCGAUGGCAAACAGAAUUUAAAAAGUGUUUUAUCGCAAGAUAUCAAUUCAAAUGUUCUUCCAAAUAUAUAUGAGACAAAUCCGCAAUAUGCAAAGCUUGGUAAUUUACCUGAAAUUGAUCCUAUGUCUGCAGAACUAUCAACUACUGAAGGAAAUGGAAAUAUUGCAGAAGGUAUCGAGGCGAACAUUCCUGAUCCAGAACCUUACAGUGAAAGUCUGUCAAAUGUAGAGCAAAUUUCUAAUCCGUAUUAUGAUGGUCAAGCCUUUUCGUUGUCAAAUAAAAAUUUAAAGUCCGCCCACAAUUUUGCUUUAUCUUCUAAAAAGGCAUCACUGCGGGAAUUUCCUGUAAAUUCCUCAUCCAAUAGCAAUGUCGUAGCCGCGUUUCUUAAAAAUUCCACCGCAUUGUUGCAUGAAAAUUCAAUCCCAGUUGAGGGUAUAAUUAUAGGUGAGUCGCAUGACGAAAUCGACACAGAUUCAAAAUCUAAAAAUUCAGUCACUGAUUCACUGCUGCAUGAAGACAUUACUGUGAACGAUUUGACUAGGAAUACGUACAUAAAUCUCAAAAGUAAAGAAUCUUCCUCACUUCCAAGAACUUCAGUGUCAAAUGAACCUGUUGUGUAUUCCUUGGUUGACGAAAACUCGAAUAAUAAUCAAAAAGGUGAAUUAUUUAAUGAUGACCUCGCUUCGACCAACGAUGAACUUAUUGGUAAAGUGGCAAAAAGUGGACCCAGUCAGGAAUUUUAUGGAAAUUCUUUCAAACCAAUCUCAUCUGAAGAACCUCGCUCACAUUCUUUGCAGCAAAAUCCUGCUAUAGAAUUUCCAGCAGUAUCAACAACAGAUGUCCUGGGAGAUAAUUAUAACCCCGAAUUUUCAGAGCACUCAUUAGAAACAAUAUUCGGGGAAGAGCAAGAAGAGAAUAACCCUGUAAAUAACUUAUUCAACGAACCGAUCAACAUUCAAUCUGAAAACAUAUUGCCUGAAAAUAAUGGAGGAACUUCGUUAUCUGAAACAUCCGAUGAAACUUCAUUCAUCGGGGAUGCAUCACUUUCCCCGCCAGUAUAUUCGUUACCUGAGAAUGAAUCUAUUCUAGGAUUAUCAGUGGAGAGUUCGGAAGGUUUAUCAUUGAAUGCUCCUACCAGAUUCAAUACUGAAGAUGUGCCACUACAUCCAGUCCCUGUUAAAUCAAAUACAAGCGAUUCAUCAGUCAAUUUUCCUGACGAUGAUUCUUACUCUAACGACGCUCCAAUUAAUUCAAUUCCUCAUGAUUCGAGUAUUAUAGAUUCAUCAUUCAGUGCUCUUUCUGCUGAUUCUUUUCCUGAAGAUACAUCAUUCAAUUCAAUCCUUCACGAGUCGAGCACUAAAGUUUCACCACUCAAUGUACCCGCAGAUGGUUCCUUCCCUGACGAUGAAUCAAUAAACCCAAUUUCUCAGGAUUCGACCACUAAAGAUUUAUCAUUCAAUGUUGCCGAAAGUGCUUUUACUCCUGUCGAUACCUCAAUAAAUCUAAUUCCACAUGAGUCGAGUACUAAAGAUUACUCACUCAAUGUUCCUGGAGGAGGUCCCCUGCCUGGCGAUGCAUCAAUAAAUCCAAUACCUCUUGAGUUGAGUCGAAAUGAUUCAUCACUCAAUGCUCUGGAAAAUUAUCCUAUUCCAGACGUUUUUUUAAUAGAUCAAUCCCCACAUGAGUCAGUGACAGCUUCUUUUGUUGAAGAGAACGAUGGUAAACUAUCUUACAAUAAUUCAUCUGGUGAUAUUUUUCACGAUGACAGGGAUGAGGACACAUUCAACAAAAACCCUUCUGUGAUAAUGUCUGUCAAAAAUGACACAAUGGAUGAUCUUGGAACUAAAUAUAUCAAUAUUUCUGCAAUAAGUCCAUCUACAGAUAAAGAUUAUUACAAUGCAUCACUUUCAACAAGCAAGGUUUCAGAUAAUGAGGAAAUAAAUUCGACAAGCGAAAGCAUCCAGUCAGUGUCAGAAAUUGUUGACGAAAACUUUUCUAUUGGUGUAAAUAUUAUAAAGGAAACCUCAAACACGACCAGGGAAAACUUGCCUUUGACAACAGAUAUUAUAACUGCGCCAUCUAAUGAAAAUGAUUUUAAUACUAAACAACAAACAGAAACUCCAACAGCAGCCAGUGUGAAUAGUCAACAUCUGAAUAAUGAUAGCAAGGAAACCCGUUCCGACAUUGCGGAGACAACAACUUCAGUAUUACAUGAAAAAAUGAUUGAAAAUGUCACUGCUCCUAUUUUAACAAUGGAAGUUUCAAUGGAUAGUGAAACUGUACCUACACUGCAUUCUAAAAUAGAUGAAACUACAAGCACAUUAGUUGGUUUGACAACUGAAUCAACACCAAACAUACGCGAAGAAACGACAGAUCAAAGAGUUGCAGAUCAAACAGAUUUCGAACAUAUUCAGGACAUGGAUGAGGAAGAAGAUUAUCCAGAAUCUGAGAUCGUCGGAGAAGCAAAAUAUCGUUUCGAAGCCGAUGAGAUCGAAACCAGCAUUGAAAAUCCAAUUUUUGCUGAGAAUAAUAAGAAGGAUUCCGAUUAUAAGCAACUCACUGAUCCAGGUACAACAGAAUCGAUGCACUCGUAUAAAAAUGUUAAUGGGCGUGAUGAUAAUGAUGUAACUACAAAUUCGAUUAUGGCAGAAGAGAUUACUUAUCCACCAGAAGAAGAUAUACAUUUUGGUCGAACCGAGGAUUCACCGAAAGUAGUACAUGGAGACCCGGUUACAGCGGAUCAAAACGAUUUCACGGAAGAAAAUUUCCUAGAAGAAACAACAGAAAUUGAACAUGACGUUACUUACGAUAGUGAGAUAGAGGCAGAUGUAUUGGCAUCAGAUACUGAAUCCCCUGAAUACAAAAGUAAUGGAGAUGAAGAGAAGAACAAAGAAAAAGAUGACUUGGCACAAACGACCUCUGAGGAUGACUCAGAUAAUAAAAUCGAAGUCGCGGUUCCUAGAAGAUCCAUUUUUCCAGUUCUUAUGCUACUUUUUAUUGUUAUUUCAUUACUAAUGAUAUGCUCAAAACUUCCCUCUUACUUUUAUAGCACAUGGGUAUCAUUUCGAAAUUCAAACUUACGUGGCUUGCCGUUUUCGCGCAAAUGGUCUAAGAAAGGUUACUCAAUAGUUCCUAUGGGAGAUAAGUCUGUGUAGUUAAAAGAUAACUUUAGAAACUCUUUUAUUAAAAAUGGCUGUGGUCAACACAGUUUAUUAGUUUUUUUUAAUUGAAAACCACGCUGUUAUAAUUUUGUGACACAUAAUAAAUUAUUCAAUUUUUAUCAUGUUUUAUCUUUUGUUGUCAUACUAUGGGGCAUAAAACUAUUGGACGUUUGAAAUUUAUUUAUUCAACUGUGAAAUUCAAAUAUUAACCUACAAUAAUUAUACAUAACGUAUUGUAUUCUCUAAGUUUUUAGCAUAAUAUGCAUCAUUGUUUAUUUUCAAUGAGCCUUUUUCAUGCCUUCACUCCGAAUGGGGCUCUGUUAAAUCAGUUAUUGCUGUUGUGUUGCCAAAUAGUCCAGAGUUAAAUAAUUUGCAUUUAUUCAAUUUAUGUGUAUACAGCUGUAAACUUAUUCUUUUUAUUAUUAUAUUUAUGCAUAUACGUGUUCUGCAAAUAUCGUCCAUAGUUUUUUCGUUCAGGUGUAAUAUAUUGUAUUUGAGUAUAUUACCUGUAGUCAUAAAAAUUUAUUGAAAUGUUUUGAAAUAGGAAAACAUAUCAAUACCACUUGUAUUAAACUUCUAACCGAGACUUUUUUAAAACAUCAAAAGUCUAAUUAACAAUUCCACCAGAAAAAUUAAAAAUCUGAAUCAUUCAUAAGUAUUGAUUUUAUUUAUACCAAUUUUAAAAAUAAAUCUAUUUCAAAUUGUUUUUGAUGAUGACGAUUCUAUACACUACCCUGGAUAUUAAACCGUACUAAUUUAUCCCAGAUGAGUUGUGUAUUUAUUGAAUUUUUACUCAGAUAUAAUUUGUACAUUAACUUGUGUUUUUAAUUUAUGAUAUGAUAAUAAAAAAUUCAUAAAACAA